AUGUACAACAAUAAAUUAUUUCUUACAUUUUUUAUAUUUACACUAUUUUUUAUUGGAAUUUAUUCAAUUUCUAUUCAAAUUAAAAAUGAAUUGGAAUUUAAAAAAGAAAAAACAUUAAUUUUCAAAUCAUAUUCAAAAGAUCAUCUAAAUCAAGAUAAUCAAACAAAUGAAAAAUAUCAAUCAAUAAUUAAUCACAUUGAAGAAAAUGGUCAUAUUGUCAAAGUUUUUGAUGAAAAUGAUAAUCCAGAAAUCCAAGAAUUUGAAAAUGAUUUUAUUUUAAUUGGAAGUAAUAACUUAAUUAAUAAUUUAUCAUUAUUAAAAAAAUAUAUUGAAAAAAGACAACCAAUAAUUUUUUUAAAUGUUAAUGAAAAUGAUAAAAAAGAAUUUUGUAAUUUAGUUAAAAAUGUUUGUAUAUUAAAAGGUGAACAUAUUAUUUUAGGAUAUAUUCCAAAGAGUAUGAAUUCAUUAAAAUAUCAUAGUGUAUUCAAUUGGAUGAAUGGUGAUAAUAAUAUGGAAGAAACUAAAGUUGUAUCAGUUGGAUAUGAUGAAAAAUUAAAAUCUGUUUUUUCAACAAAUAAAACUGUGGAAACUAUUGUUGGUGAUUUUGAUAGUGAUUAUAAAUCAAUGACAAAUUCAUUAUUAUUACAACUUGUUGGAGAAGUUAGUGGUCCAACUCCAUCAUUAGUUCCACCAAAUAAUGAUACAUUACCAUUUGCUUACUUUGAAAACACAUAUCCAGUAUCAUUUCAAGGGGCUAUUUAUCCAGCUGUUGCUUCUAAAGUUGCUCAACAAACUUAUAGUUUAUCACUUACAAAUCAUAUUUAUCUCUAUAAAGAUAUACCAAAUAAUUUAAUUUAUGCAGUUGUUUACCAAGAUGGUUAUUUGUUACCAGGUGGUCAAUUGGGUAUUAAUAAUCCAAAAGUUGCCAUUGGCAGCUUUACAACAUCAUUCGGUAUUACCAAUACAUUAUCAUUUAGUGAUGGUCAAACACCAGAUGGCGAUUCAUUCAACCUUGAAGCAAGUUCACCACAAACUGUUGACCAAACUCAUACAAUCACAAAUGAGGUUUCCACUGAAAUGUCAAUUGGUGUUAGUUUUGAUGUUAAUCCAGAUGGUGGUGGUGGUGGCGCAUCAUUCCAAGAGACUUGGUCAAGUUCAUCAAGUGAAACUAAUACCAUCACUGAUUAUGGUGUUAAUGAAAUGUCAAAUCCUGUAACAAUGGAAAGUUCUUGGAUGUAUCAUCAACAAUUACCAUUUGAUGUUUAUACUUGGGGUUAUUUAAAUUUUGGUGAUUGGUAUCAAUCUGCUUAUAGUGGUAAUUGUGAAGUUGCUCAACCACCACCAUUAUCGACUAGUACUUUACAAACCUCAACUUCUUGGAAAUGGAAGUUUGAUACUUCAUUAAUUGAUGAAAAUGGUAAUUUAAAUGUUGAUUUAACAACUGCUUUUACUUUAAGUUAUUCAAUGAUUGGUUGUCCAGGAUUUUAUACAAGUCAUCAUAAAUUAUUUUAUUGUGAAACUGGUGGUAGUGCUAAUCAAGCAUAUGAUUUUAAUGGCUUUUAA